GAGCGCGCCGGGGGGGGUGGAGGCGCCGGGGGGGGUGGAGAAGACGUGGACCUCGGGGUGGAUGUGGAAGGUGUCGGGUUCUCUGCUCCUGCUGCUGGCCCUCGGCUCAGGAGCCGUUCUCUUCACCUGGUUCUUCAGCGGACGAGUGGAGAACACGAACCCGUCGGGCCAAACCCGGGCGCAGAGCGGCUCCGACAGAACCGGUGAGAGCGGCAGCGGGUUCUUCUUCUGUGGUGUGUCCUGGGUUCUCAUGUGGGUUCUCCUGUGUUCCGUCUCAGACCUGCAGGAAACGCUGAGCCGGAUCAGCAGCGGGGCGAAGGCGGCCGUUCAUCUGGAGGGAAGCUGUGAUGAGGAGGAUGGCGGCGGCAGCGGCGGCGGCCAGCGGCUGCGGUGGCGGGCGGACCAGGGCCAGGCCUUCGACCAGGGCGGGUUCCGGCUGUGGAACGGCAGCGUGGUGGUUCCGCGGUCCGGGCUCUACUUCGUCUACAGCCAGGCGUCCUUCCGGGUGGCGUGCGGCGCCGGGCCCGUCCCCGUACCGCUGAGCCACGGCGUGUGGCGCCACUCGGACUCGCAGGGGGGCGGGGCCCCGCUGAUGAGCGCCGUGCGCUCGGCGUGCCGCGGCCCCGCCCCCGCCGACGGGCGCGGCUGGUACGACGCCGUCUACCUGGGUGGAGUCUUCCAGCUGCGGCGCGGCGACCGGCUGUGGACCGAGACCAACCGGCCGACGCUCCUGGAGACCGACGACGGCAGGACCUUCUUCGGGGCGUUCGCGCUGUGAGCGGAACGCGGGAACGAGCCGUCACCAUGGCAACGGAGCAGCGGAACACGGGAACGACCUGUCGCCAUGGUGGGAAGGACUCGUUGCCGUGGCGACGGAGGAGCCUCUCGAUCUCCAUGGAGAUCAAAGUCUUUUAAACUGUAACAGUUUGUUUUUAUCACUUCCUGUUUUCUGUAGUGGAAGCUGAGCUGAGACUGUAGCGGAAUGCCACACGGUGUGUGUGUGUGUGUGUGUGUGUGUGUGUGUGUGUGUGUGUGUGUGUGUGUGUGUGUGUGUGUGU